AUCACUAGCAUGGCGGAGAACGAAGCAGGAAUUCCGUCUAUGCGCGGAUGACAGCGUCGUUGAUGACCGUCCCGUGGCAACGCACAGCUGUUGCCCAGCGACCAGCGGUGAUCCCGAAGCUCAACUAGCCAGCUGUGAGCCACUCGGCAGAAGCGUAUCAUUAACACACAGCUGUUGUGUGCCACCUGGCUUGUGUCAGACCUCUUAGACCGUGGAUGAAGUGUUAAUACCUUGAUGCUCAGUUGGACCCGUGCCUUUUCUCCACCCGAAGAUCAGACUAACGAACUAGCAUAACGUAGUGCUCUCGACAUGGCAACAGUGUUGAAUUUCUACGAAGCUGCCGUGGACGAACUGUCAGAUGGACUGGUAGACUUGCCCUUGUAUCCUUAUUUUGAGAUUGCGCACUAUAUCGUGUCAGUGUUGGCUUUGAGGGAGGAGCCAGGAGCUCGAGUUCUGUCCAGAACCAGCCCCCUGACCUGUUGGUUCAGCUCCAUGCUCAACUGCUUCGGGGGAGCACUACUGACUGCGAUCUUGCUGGCUCAGCCACCAAUACAACUUUUUAUCAACAGCGACGAUAUUCUGCUUGCAUCAGUCAUCUGGUACUUGAUAUUUUAUUCCCCCCUGGACGGCGUCUACAGGUUCACUGCUAUGCUGCCCAUCAAGGUGGUGCUGUCAGUAAUGAAGGAGGUGACCAGGAGCAAGAAGAUUCUUUCAGGCAUUACGUUGGCAAAAAGCAAGUACCAGGACAACCUGCCAAUUAUGAUCAGCAUCGCGUGGGCGAAAGGUGCUGGAGGUGGCCUCUUGAGUAGUUUUGACCAGUUUGUCCGGGGUAUAUGGAUACCAGAAAAAAACGAGCUAAUUAGGAUGUCCUACGCUACAAGGAUCACCCUGAUAGGGGCGGUGCUGUUUUCUCUGAAGGAGAUUGAGUACCUGCCUGUGGAGAAAAACCACCUGAUGCUUUACUACACCAUCUUUACUGGUAUCAACAAGUGCUGGAUGAUGACGACUCGCUCCGCCUUCACCUUCAGCUCCGUCGAGUGCUUCCUGUUUAAGCUUUUCUUUACGGGAGAUUUCUCCUGCUGCACUUUAGCCCGGAAAUUUGGAAUCUUCAAGACGGAUAACGACACAUCAAAGGGAGGCAGAGUCAACUCUCCUGGGGUGUGCAGAAACAAGUGCCCUUCUCCUGCUAGGGGUGGGAGAGGCAACCGCAGAGCCAGAGAGGAGGCGGGCUCUAGAAACAAAAAACACAAAUAAACAGCCUUUGCCUUGUA